AUGGUCCCAUAUAGUUUACCUAUUAUUGGACAUACAAUUCCUUAUAUAAUUGAUGCUGGGAAAUUUCUUGCAGAAUGUAGAAAAAAAUAUGGUGAUCCAUUUAGUAUAUAUGUCUUUGGAAAUGUGGUAACUUAUGCAGGGCAUAAAACUUCAUUUGAAAUUUAUAAAGAACAUGAUAUUUUUGAUCAUGAUAGUAUUCUAGCGGAGACACUUAUAUUUCCUUUAGCCUUUAAAAAAGCCAAAGGCUUUGACAAUCUGAGAUUUCUUGCCAAUGCAGUUCACGAACAAAUAAGUGAAAAGGUCAAAGUAUUCUUACCUAGAAUGCAUAAAGAAAUUAAAAGAGGAAUAGAUUUAUAUAUUGGUGAUUGUAAAGAACCAAAAGUUUUCAACAAUUUGGGAAAUACAACGAUAUCCGUGAUGGUACGACCUAUGUGCAACAUAAUAAUUGGAGAAGAGGCAUGUCAAUUUGAAGAAUUGGUUACUUCAAUUACGACAUUAUUAAGACAGCUCGGAGUGCUACCUUUAAUACCACAAGUCUUAUCACUUAUUUAUCCUAAACUUCAAUUAAAGGCUAUUUCCUUGUUUUUAAAAUUUGUGUGGAAUCCAAUUGAUAAACCAAAAAAACUCUUUAUCAAGUUAAUGAAACCAAUCGUUAAAGAACGCAUUUUUCAAAAGGAAAAACUUGGUAACAAGUAUAUUAUGAAAGAUGAUUUGAUGGAAUAUUAUUUAAUCAAAUCAGAUUCUGCGCCUAAUAAUGUGAAUGACGUGAAUGAUGAAUAUAUGGAAUAUUUAUUUGAACAAAUGACUAUUGCAUUUUUCGCUGCAUUUUUUACGACCGUCAAAGUUGUUACAGAAGCAAUUUAUGAGUAUGGAGGAAGACCUGAAUUAUGGAAGGAUAUUUAUGAAGAACAGUUGAUGGUUUACAACCAAAAAAAUGGCAACCUAACUAUAGAUGAUGUUCAUAAAAUGGUUAAAUUGGAUGGUUUAGUAAAAGAAAGUCUUAGGCAAUCUUUUCCUAAAGGUGAUUCAUAUACAUUUAAUACUGGUGCCACAAUUCCUAAAGGUCGUAAAGUUGCUGUUUAUGCAGCAGAUUCACACUUUAAUCCAGAAUACUUUGAAAAUCCUGAAAUGUUUCAACCAAAUCGAUAUUUAACUUUGAAUAGUGAUGGAUCUGUACUUAAUUAUACAUCAGCCGCUAAACUUGAAAAAUAUUAUGUACCAUUUGGAGCUGGCAAGCAUGCUUGCCCUGGUAGAAUUCUCGCUGUUACUGAAUUGAAAUUAUGUUUACAUGAAUUAAUUUUGAAAUAUCAUAUCAAAACUAAAAGUGGUAAAGUUGAUCCUAGAUGGAAACUUAGUGAUUUUUGGUUAGCUCCUAUUACUGAUUUGGUUUUUGAAAAUAGAAAAAAUUAA